UUGAGUCUGGUUUCCAGGGAAACUAAAAAUCAGAAGCUUUCAGUACUCUCAGCCACAGUGAAAUCCAAGGACCACCAUCCACUGAGAUUCUUCUGGAAAACAAACCAUCUACAGCCUGCCUCUUAUUUUCAGCACCUAAAAGGGAAGCUUGGAGUGCGAAGACAUGCUUUGGCUGUGAAAUCUUUGAAAAUAUGGAUACAGCGUUUGAUCUGUCGUGCAGUUGAGUGAGAUCAUCAGUGGUGUGAGACCGUGAAGCUCAGACGUUUUACUGCCCCUCUCCCGGAUCAACGCAAACCCAUCUCUGAACCCAUGGAGGGUCCUGUUCUGACAGAAAGUGAAGUUUGGAAAGUUGGCUCGGGGACCAGCACAAGCAUAAACACUGAUGACAGAAGUAUUGACUAUUCAUCCCUUAUGAACGACAACGAAAACCUGUCAAAAGCAUCUGAAAACCCAGAGGAGAUCUGUGGCAGCAUCCAGGAGCAAGAGGUUCCUUCAGAUCAGAUCAAGUCAGUAAUUCCACAUGAACCACGAUUAGAAGAGGAUUUAUCUUCCACUCAAACAGCAGUCGAGAGCGAUGAGCCACCUGCGGCAGUGUGCAAACAAGAGACGUAUGUUAACCAAGCAGAGAAACCAGCAGAUAAGAACCUUGACCAGGAGAUUAACCAGGAGAUUACCAUACUGGUGACCAACCAUGACUGUACUUUAGAGGACGAGGAGGAUGAGGAGCUUGCAGAGCAGAAGACUUCCAGUUGCCCUGCUGAACCCGAGAGAGUUGAGAGUGGAGGAGCGACUGAGGAAAAGAGUCUUGACGGUUCAAUUGUCGUGGCGAACGUGAUUGAAGUCAGUCAAGUCCAGAAGACCAACGUGAUAAGCCAUGUAUCAACUGAGCAGAAUACCGUCACUGAAGAACCAAGAUUGUCUGGAGAUCCAGGGGAUAGUAGCAAUGAGACAAACCCUGCAAGCAAAGCAUCAAGCACCCCACAGAAAACAGACGCAAGUAGCACAAAGGCCACGGUGGAAGUGAACGUUCACAGUCCGAAAGAUCAGUCUGAAGAUGUGGAAGUAAAACUAAAGAAAACCGAAUCGACUGAAUCCAAGGAUGCCGGGAGACCUGUGCAAGAGACGCUCACCUUGACUCGGUCACCUGGACGCACGCAGACCGUGCAAACCCAGGUUAGCCUGGAGGUGAUGUACCAGUCGGUGGCCACCAGCCCCAUGACUCCUCCCGAAGGCUCCGCAGCUUUCCUUUUUCCAACCACUUUUGGAAAACUCGCCAACAAGUGUAGUACAGAGGUGGCAGAGACCAAAGAUGCCGAAUUGCAGGUGGGCUUGCAGCUGGAAUUCCGUUCGGUCGCCACGGCUCCUAUGACCCCGAUAAUUCUGACAGCACCUGAGGUUAUUCCCGAGCCAGAACCACGAAUCGGGGUUAUGCCUGAAGAAGUGCCAGAACCUGUGCAGGAGGUGAGCUGGGACGAGAAGGGAAUGACUUGGGAGGUGUACGGCGCCGUGGUGGAGGUGGCGGUGCUGGGCUCGGCCAUUCAGAAACACCUGGAGAAACAGGUGAAGAAGCAGAAGAACCCGACUUUGGCCUUGUCAUCCCCGACAGAUGCUCUGCCAGCAAACCUGACCGAAACAUCUACGCCGACGCCUUCCAGUCCUCCCCCCACAUCAGACCCUGGCGAAAGCAGCCUGGCCAAAGGACAAAGUGAGGAAAAGAUGGAGCAGAGCGGCAGGCGCCGGCAGAAUAAUUUUCGCCAGUGGUUCAGGAACAUCUGGCGGCCAAGAUGUUGUUCAAGACCUCGUCAAGAUGAGGAAAACUAAGGAAGGUGUGCCAAGGCAGUCCAAAUGAGACAAUCUUUCCAAGUUUUGUGUACUUUGGAUGUGCACAGGAUUGGGUUUUGUUCACUGAUACACCCCUUUAACAGUUUUAAGACAUUUGGUUUGUAUGGACACUGCGUCACAAGAAGCCCCUAUAUGGAUAAUCAUCGUUUUUGGUUUGGAUUGAUACAGUUGAGGUCAAAAGUUUACAUUCCCCUUUCAGAAUCUGCAAAAUGUUAAUUAUUUUACCAAAAUAAGAGGGGUCGUACAAAAUGCAUGAUAUUGUUUAUUUAAUGCUCACCUGAAUAAGAUAUUUCACAUAAAAUAUGUUUACAUAUAGUCCACAAAAGAAAAUAAUAGUUGAAUUUAUAAAAAUGACCCCAUUCAGAAGUUUAUGUACACUUAAUUCUUAAUACUGUUGUUACCUGAAUGAUCCACAGCUGUGUUUUUUUUUUUUUUUUUGUUUUUUUUUUUGUUUAGUGAUAGUUGUUCAUAAGUCCCUUGUUUGUCCUGAACAUUUAAACUGCCUGCUGUUCUUCAGAACAAUCCUUCAGGUCCCAUAAAGUCCCACAAAUUCUUUUUUUCCAACAUUUUUGUGUAUUUAAACCCCUUCCAACAAUUACUGUAUGAUUUUGAGAUCCAUCUUUUCACACUGAGAGAUUCAUAUGCAACUAUUACAGAAGGUUCAAAUGCUCACUGAGACUCCAGAAGGAAAAAACAUGCACUAAGAGCCGGCGGGCUGAAAACUUUUUGAAUUUGAAGAUCAGGGUAAAUUUUGCUUGUUUUAUCUUCUGGGAAACAUGUAACUAUGUUCUGUAGCCCCUGAAGGGCAGUACUAAAUGAAAAAAUAUGAUAUUUAGGCAAAAUAAGAAAAAUGUACAUAUCUCCAUUGUGUUCAAAAGUUUUCACACCCUGGCUCUUAAUGCAUAGUUUUUCCUUCUGGAGCAUCAGUGAGCAUUUCAACCUUUUCUAAUAGUUGCAUAUUAGUCCCUCAUUUGUCUUCAGCGUGAAAAGAUGGAUCUCAAAAUCAUACAGUCAUUGCUGGAAUGUUUAAAAACACAAAAAUGCUGGAAAACCAAAGAAUUUGUGGGACCUAAGGGUUUUCCCUGAAGAACAGCAGGCAGUUUAACUGUUCAGGACAAACAAGAGACUCAUGAACAACUAUCACUAAACAAAAAAAAAUGCAGCUGUGGAUCAUUCAGGUAAGAACACAGUAUAAAGAAUCAAGGGGGUGUAAACUUUUGAACGGUUCAUUUUUAGAAAUUUAACUAUUCUUUUCUCUUGUGGACUUUAUGUAAACAUCUUUUACGUGAAAUGUCUUGUUCAGGUCAGUACUAAAUAAACAAUAACAUGCACUUUGUAUGAUCCCUCUUAAUUUGGUAAAAUAAUGAUCAUUUUUCAGAUUCUGAAAAAUAAUCUCUAGACCUCAAAUGUACAAACAAAUACGGUUGUUUUGAUUUUAAAAUGGCUCUUAUCAGCUUUCUUGCUUUUUAGUGUGUUUUUGCUUGCUUCUGUCAAGAUCGUGCUACCCUGAUGUUGUUGUGGUCAGAGAGGAUCACUUUUUGAAGUGCCCUUUUACAAUAUUUUACACUAAUAAUUUUACCUUUAAGAUUUAUAUAAUUCAAACAUGUAUAUAUGAAUUCAUCAUGUAUAUUUAAGGAACAUUAGAAUACAUUUAAAGAGAGACAGUACCAAGUACUGCGUAUUAGGCAAAUAUGAUCCUAAAAAUUUGUGGUGUUUCAGGCAACAACUAAUAGAUGACAUCUCAGAUUUUUCAGCAGUGAAAU